UUGAAUCCUAAUUCAAUUUGCUAAUACAGGCGUCGUAUGCUUGAAUGAUCCCGUUCACAGUGAUUGGAGUAAAAACAGUGGAUAGCUUGGUGGGUGGCAUCUGUUGGCAGAUGUAUCUGGUAUUUCAGACCGGAUCUUCCAAUAGUAAAGAAUUGGAACUGUAGGUGUGAGUUCAUCUAGUUCUUGGUUUCUCCAUUCGUCUUCAGUAGCUAGCAGUCUGCAUCAUCUUAACCUCAAAGAUGGCAAAGGGUCACAUCCGAACCACUGGCUUCUCCCACCCCUAUUGGCCAAGGAACCUGUCCAUACCAGACUAUGUGGCCAACGAUAGGUCGAUGCAUGAGAUCCUAUCCUUCCUUUUUUCAGUGUCUGGUCUCUUUCUGUUGUCCACAUGGGUCCUGACGGGGCGGGAGUGGGCCAGGGAUGGCCGGGGUCAGGAGUUUGGGGUGUCCAGGCGUCUGUCAAUUUGCUGGUUCGCUGUCUGUGGGUUCAUACACGGGGUCAUUGAAGGAUGGUUUUCACUUUACUAUGACAUUAUCCCCUCAGACCAGAGCUUCCUGUCCCAGCUGUGGAAAGAGUACUCCAAGGGAGAUAGCAGAUAUGUCAUAGCGGAUAACUUCACUGUGUGUAUGGAGACAGUAACAGCAUGGUUCUGGGGACCGCUCAGCUUGUUGACAGUUUUUGCUUUUCUGGCUAACAAACCAUACCGCUUUAUCCUGCAGCUCAUCGUGUCUCUGGGCCAGCUGUAUGGGGCAGUGUUGUAUUUCUACACAGAGCAUCGUGAUGGUUACCGCCACAGUGAACUGGGUCAUCUGCUCUAUUUCUGGUUCUAUUUUGUUUUCAUGAAUGUCCUCUGGAUCAUAAUUCCUCUGGUGUUAAUACUGGAUGCAUGGAGACAUCUGCAGCAGGCCCAGACACACACUGACCGGGCCCUGAAGGAGAAGACCCACUGAUAAGAGGAGGAAGAAAGAUACUGUAUGUGUGGAAGGAGGGAAGGAAGUAAACGAUAACAUAGAACUAGCUAGCUGGAUAAAGAAAGCAGGAUAUUUUAGUGAUGUUUUUUCUACGAUGAUAGAUGUUCUUUAAUGUGUGAAACUAGGAAGAUCUUAGCCAAACUGCUCCCUCAGUAUGUAGAUAAAUAUUUGGGACCCAUAAUGGGUUAUAAUACUUGGUCAACAACAGCAUGUUGAUAGACACUGAAAUGUUAUGUAUAUGUGGAUAGUAAAAAAAAAAAUCCAUAAUGUAAUGAAAUUAUGAAAGGUGCCUUUCCUUUUUCUAAAUCUAAUAAAAAAUGAAAAGACA